AUGAUAGGUUUUUGAAUUUUAUUCUGAAGCUUUAUUUUUAUUGUCUUUCAGUCUAAAGAAAAUCUUUAAAUUAUUCGCGAUCUCAAAGAACCAUAUGUCCCGGCUGACCCUGCAAAAGUCGUUUUUCGACAGACUCUGGCCUUUGAUACUCUCCGACAAUGUGUGCGAUACCUAUAGCAAGAACAAAUGUAAAUUCUACGAUCCUGACCAACGCUUCGACGAUGUGUGGGUGCAUGGAUACCUUGCCGGGCGCGGCUUCAAGAAUUAUCAGCCACCAACCGUUAUUCGCUGCUGCUUCGACGAAAACGAAAGAAAAUUAUCUCUUUGCGAAAUAAGGGAUGAAAAAUCCGAGGAGUGGGGAAAAUCCGAUGUUGAUAUCAAGGCAUCAAUUGAGGAGUCUCAACACUCGGAGAACGCCAGUGAGGAAUUCGAUACAGUAAAGGGACCACAUUAUCUAACGUUGGACGAACAAAUCAAUGCAGCUAAUAACUCUUUUGAUACGCGCCGCAAGCUCGCCCACGCCUUCAUUAACCGCCAAUACCCCUGGUAUAUGCAGCAACCCACCUAUGAGACUCCCUUUCAGCUUACGGACACUAUGAGACAAAUGUUCACUAGCAGACUCGAGAAAGCGGUCCUACAGGAUAUGCACACCUUCAAUUGUAAACUGGUAUUAAUCGAUUUGGUUAAACAGAUCUGUCUGCAUGAGCUUAGAGAUUGGUUAAAUUUCACGCGCUACGCCUUUGUAAUUGUGGUGGCGCGUAGCGAAGAUGCUGUAAAGCAAAUUAAACUAAUGGGUCCCAACUUGAGCGCAGCUAUGGUGCUUGAGAAUAUGGAAUACACAUGGCACGAUCAAUUGUCCGAGUCGUUGCGUGUGGGAUUGGUGCAUGCGUCGAAUAUCGGAGUUUUCGAAAACUGCACGAGAUCGUUUAUAUUUGUUUUCGCCCGAAGGCGAAAUAGUUGUAAAUUGAAUAUGCACAGAGUGCUAAGGAAGAAUACCUAGUUGUGACUUUAGAUGCUCGAUUUUUCUAUCUCAACUAAUAGCAAAUCGAUAUUGCAAGCAAAGUGUUCUUGCAGAUUCCGAUUUUUCAAAAAGCUGUAUAUUCACAAAAUAAAAAAUUAUAUAAAUUUCUCUGUAAAUGUGUGGAUAAUUAUAAUAGAAAAAUUAGUCCAUUUACCGUAAGAUCUAACUAAAAAAUUCAUAAUCUGACAACCAUAAAACCCAUACCGAAUUACCAUCAUUUAAUAAUGUUUAAAAUGUUUAUACAACAAAAAUAAGAAAUAUUUUCG